AGGAGUCGAGUAAAAUAGGAUGGCAACCUACAUACCACCGGAAUCGCAGACGGAUGUUGAUAAAUAUUGGAUGAGGAUGGCUCUAGAAAUGGCUCAGGAAGCUUAUGACGCUUCUGAGAUACCAGUUGGAUGUGUUUUUGUUGAACAAACGCCAUUUGGGAGUCCGCUCUACCUACAAACAGAAGGAUACGGUAGAAUGAUUGCGAAAUCUCGCAAUAGAACAAAUGAGUUGAGAAAUGCAACUCUACACGCUGAAUUAGAAGCUAUUGGUGAAAUUCUUCGUACGUCAGACGACAAAAAGCUACUUGAACGGACGUCGUUAUACGUUACGAUAGAACCUUGUAUCAUGUGUGCAAGUGCUUUGCGACAAGUUGGUAUCAAUCACGUCGUAUAUGGAGCUGGAAAUGAACGUUUUGGCGGAUGCGGUUCGGUUGUACCAAUAAAUGAUGAACCGCUGCUGAAAUACCAAAAGCCAUAUACAGCAUUAGGUGGUGUCUUCAGAGAUGAAGCUAUUAUGCUUCUUAGGAGGUUUUACAUGACUGAAAAUUCUAAUGCACCACAACCUCGGAAGAAGCAAACAAGAACAUUAAAGACUGAAAUUCCACCAGUACCCCCAUCUUCGCGAAUUCAUACACCAAACGGUAGUCUCGUACCAUCACCUUCAAACACUCCGAUUCCUGUCUCCUUUACACCAACUUUGGAGAAUGUAUAGCAAGUUAUAGUUACAAAAUUACCGCAUUAGAUUGUAUUAGAUCGUUUAAAGGCAUUUCAACUAUCAUUUCAUCUUGUGUAAUGCUCUCAUUUGGUGACAUUUCGAGCAUACCUUGUGUAAAAUAACAUCUUAGGAGUGUUACAACUUCCUCAGUACAUCCUACGAUUUUUCCAAUCAUUAUCAAGUUCUCAGGGCGUCUCUGAUUAUCGAGUUGUAAUUCUUGAUAGCCAAUGAAUGCAUUAAUCUUAGGUAAGCCCUUGAGUGGUCUCUGUGAUUCCAUUUUUUUGCGAGCUUUGGUGAUGAAUUGAUCGAUAAGGGUAUCAUGUUGGUUACCCAUACCAUAACCAAGAUAAUGAACACCAGCUUGCAACUGUUUGACAUCUUGAGAGGUAUUAGAUGCAGUGGCAUUAUUGCUAACUAUUGGUUCCUCUGAGGGUGCUGAAUCAUUACCACUUUGUUCAUCUAUCAUCGGGUUAUCUUCUGAACUUUCUUGCAUUUGAUCGUCGCGGAAAUCAGCGUGUAGAGUGUAAUUACCAGGUUCGAAAUAUGUGUCUUCUACGUCAACUGACGUUAUGCGCACAUUUUUAGGUAUACUUUCCAAGGGUAAUGAGGAAUAUGGCCUAACCGGUUGAUUUUCAAGUUUCUGGAACUUUAGUUUUUUCUUAUUACGAAGAUUCCUUUUGUGUGUUUUUGUAGUACCAGUGUAUGGCGGUACAGUUUGGAUAGAUGCUGGUACUGGUUCUUCGUCGUCCUCUGAUGAAUCUGAGGUGCUACUACUGGUACUACUGCUACUGCUACUGCUACUGCUACUGCUACUGCUACUACUACUACUACUACUACUACUACUGCUACUGCUACUACUAAUGUCCCUCUUCAAGGUGGUCUUUAUAACAUCUACAAUAUCGUCUUCCUUGAGUGCACCCUGCGUAACUCGAAAACCAUCAAUCUCAAGGUGUACAUUGUAACGUAUAUCAAAGAAUUCCCUUAUGUAUUCCUUUAUGUAUGAUAGAUUAUCAUUUGUAAAGUUAAUCAAGUAUUUCUGUUUAUCGUAGAUGAUCUU